AUGUCCGCCCAAGAAGAAUUCAACCAGCUGGUGAACAGUAACCGUUCACAAUUCACCUCUCACCCAGAAGACCACGACUCAGACCCGCACUUCUCCGACGACGAACCCUCUUCCCGCCUCCGCUCCCGUCAAACCGUCGACUCCUCCGACGAAGAAGCCGAAGCCGACAUGGUCUCCUCCCGCACCCCAAACUACCACAUCCCCAACACCGUCUACGAAGCCAACACAGGUCCAAAGGGCGUCAUUGCCGACGCCCAGGCCUUCGAGCGCGCCCGCAAGAAGUCCUUCCGUCGCACCCUCCUCAGCGCCGCGGGGCUCGACUCCCACUCUUACAGCUCAAAGUCUAUUCGCGAUGACGUGCCCCUCGCAAGCGGCGACCAGUCCUCUGCCAGCGAAGACGACGACGAAGCCCGCUUCAUGAACAAAUGGCGUCAGUCACGCAUGCAUGAGCUACAGGAUCGGAGUAACCGCCGACCCAGUCCGCGGGGUAGACGGUUCGGGUCGGUUCAGACCGUUGAUGCGGUGGGAUAUCUCGAUGCUAUUGAGAAGGUGACUUCUGAUACGGUGGUUGUUGUCUGUAUCUAUGAUCACGAGUGUGAUGACAGCGCUAUCGUCGAGGAAUGUCUUGUUACUAUCGCUCGCAGACAACCUACUAUUCGUUUCGUCAAGUUGCACCAGUCCAUCGCCGAGAUGGAUCACAUCAAGGCACCCGCUCUGCUGGCGUACCGUGGUGGCGAUGUCUUUGCUACUAUCGUCGAUGUCCUGCACAAUAUUCCUCGCGGCCGUAGCUGCAGUGCUGACAGUCUCGAGGACUUGUUGAAGCUGAACCGUGUGCUAUGA